AUGGUGAUGAACUGGAACACGGAGGCGAACGCCAAACUCUUCAUCGGCGUCCUCGGGCAGCUCAAGACCCAGAACUUCAAGCUUGACUACAACGCUCUAGCAGAGCACAUGGGCCCUGAAUGCAACGCCAAGUCCAUCCAGAACCAAUUCACCAAACUCAAGAAGCAGGCGGCCGAGGAAUGUGCCGGGCCCUCCUCUUCCGCGCCCGCCACUCCCAAACACACUCCGAAGAAGUCCAAAGACACCCCCCAGAAACGUCGUGCGCCUGCGGCCUCGAAGGCUGGCUCUCCGGUGAAGAAGAGGCGUGCUCCUGCGGUCAAGGCGGAGCCUGAAUCCGAGCCUGAGAAUGAGGGUGCGGCGGAUGAUACCGAGGAGAACAGCGAUGACGAGGCUGAGAAGCAGAUUCUGAAGGAGGUGGAGGGUGAGGUUGAGGAUGACGCGUGA